AUGUGUCUAACACUUUCACUAGCAUCUAAACCUUGCAUUGGAGCCAGCAAUGGAAACUUACAAUCUCGAAAAUCCAUGUCUACAACAGCAAGAGAAGAAGUGAUCACAGCUCCAAAAAUACCAAUCACCCUCCCUGGAUUGACAAAGCAUGGCAUUCCCCACACCAAUUUACAAGUACAAGAUAUUGUCAGAAGGCAAUCUUGGCCAAACAACUUAGCGAAGGAAGGCACCUGUAGAAAACCGCGGUUCCAUCCUACGUUCCUCGAAGAAGCUUACAACAAGUGUAGGAACAUUUGUGCAGAAUAUGCCAAGACUUUCUAUCUAGGCACCUUGUUGAUGACAGAGGAGCGGCAGAAAGCCAUAUGGGCAAUUUAUGUUUGGUGCAGGAGGACUGAUGAACUGGUUGAUGGGCCAAAUGCAGAUUACAUGAGUUCUGCUGUUCUUGAAAGGUGGGAAGAGAGACUGCAGGAUAUCUUUGAUGGACGCCCCUAUGAUAUGCUCGAUGCUGCACUCUCCGACACUGUUUUCAACUUCCCCUUGGACAUCAAGCCUUUCAGGGACAUGAUUGAGGGGAUGAGAAUGGAUACAAGAAAAUCGCGAUAUACAAAUUUUCAAGAGCUUUAUCUUUACUGCUACUAUGUAGCAGGAACUGUUGGUCUAAUGAGUGUUCCAGUUAUGGGAAUUGCACCAGAGUCCUCUGUUUCUGCUCAUAGUAUAUACAACGCAGCACUCUACUUGGGCAUUGGAAAUCAGUUGACAAACAUUCUUCGAGAUGUAGGAGAAGAUGCUUCGAGAGGUAGAGUUUAUCUUCCUCAAGAUGAGCUCGUACAGUUUGGUUUAUGUGACAAGGAUGUGCUGUCCAGGAAGGUAACUGAUGCCUGGAGAGAGUUCAUGAAAGAACAAAUUACGAGGGCAAGGUUCUUUUUCAAUCUAGCUGAGGAGGGAGCCUCACAGCUUGACAAGGCUAGCCGCUGGCCGGUUUGGUCAUCCUUGCUAUUGUAUCGAAAGAUCCUGGAUGCGAUUGAGGAUAACGAUUAUGAUAACUUGACAAAACGAGCAUAUGUUGGAAGGACUAAGAAACUUCUGAUGUUACCCUUAGCCUACACUAGAGCCUUAUCAAAACCUGGUUUGAGCUCUCGCUGA